CUAUCUAGGGUCACAAUUACUUUAGGAUGUUGUUAUGUUGUUAUUAUUUAGUCAUCCACUUUUCAAUUUCGUACUGUUUUCGUGAUACUUUUCUUCUCUUAUCAUAUGAUUGUAAAAAUUGGAAAGGUUGGAACGUCUACGCCUGCUAAUAAUGGUUUAAUGUCUCGUGCUACCAUUCGAUGGAGUAGUGGAUGAAUGAUAGAUCAUGAGUAUUUGGAUGACAUCCUUGUGACAUUGUGACGGUCAAGAUGAAUGCAAAGAAGUUGGCUGCAGUGAAAUGCAUGGAUGAUUUCCAGGCAUUGAUUGCUGUAGCUGAUACAAAGGAUAAACUCAUCCUAGGCGAUAAAAUUUUCAACUUCAUAUCUGACGAGACAAAUUCCAUAGAAUGCGAGGAUAUUGGUCUCUUCAUUGAUGCCCUAGUCCCCUGGUGCCACAGCAGUAAUCACAAAGUAACUUUGAUUGGUAUUGAAAUUUUGACAGCACUUGCAGAACGAAUGAAAUCGGAUUUUCGAUCACAUGUCUCAAUUAUUUUAAUGGCUAUGAUUGAAAGACUGGGAGAUAGCAAGGAAGCGGUGCGAAAGAAGGCUCAACAUUUGCUCCUAACGUUGAUGUCCCAAGGUGCUAUGUCGCCAGCUUAUCUUUUUGAAAAGCUGGCAACAACAGGGUUCAUGCAUAAAAACAGUUAUAUUCGUGAAGAAAGUCUCAAGUGUCUUCUCUCAACUAUUGAAAUACAUGGUGUAAAAUCUGUAGGAGUGCAAAAGUUGUUACCCCUCAUCAUCAAAUUACUGAGCGACUCCUCUGUAACAGUCCGUGAGGCUGCCAUGAAUACAAUGGUAGAGCUCUACAAAAACAUAGGCGACCCAUUAAAGUAUAGCCUCUUGAAAAACCAGUCGGUGCCGCCCAACAAGAUGCAGCACAUUCUUGAAAACUUUGAGAAAGUUAGCGGUUGUGUGAAAGAAGGCGAUGAUAAUUUUUCAGAUACAAAUAGUUUAGAAUUGGAUGAAGUAGAUAGGUCAGCAAAUAAAGUGGCUGUGAAGAAAAUUGCUCCUCUCCUUGGUAGCGCUAGUCAACCAUCAUCUUUAAGGCAAAUUAGAAUGAAUUCAGGUUUGAAUCUUAAGAGAAAUGGUGAUUCUCUCCCUCGAACAGGUGCGACAGCGGCAGCUGGGGCUGUUGAUGAAGAUAGCUUCCUGAGAUCAUUUGAAGAUGUUCCAAAAGUUCAGAUCUUUUCAGGAAAAAACGCUUGUGAGCAAAUGAUGAAAAUCAAGGAAACACUAGAAAAUGGAAGCAUUGAGUGGGAUAAACGAGUAGAUGCGUUGAAGAGAUUCCGUUCCCUUCUUGUAGCUGGAGCAUCAAAUUAUGAAGAAUUUUUCCAAAACCUUCGAUAUCUGGAACUUUGCUUUCAAACCUCCUGUAAAGAUUUAAGGUCUCAAGUAGUACGAGAAACUUGCAUCACGGUCUCUUUUCUGUCAGCAAGUAUUACAUCAAAAGCUGAACAUUUCUGUGAAUUUUUAUUUCCUGUUUUAAUCAAUUUGAUUCAGAAUUCCGCCAAAGUUAUUUCCACUUCAGGCCUUGUAUGUAUUAGGAUAGUUUUAAAAAAUACACAUUCUCCCAGAUUCAUUCCUAUAAUUAGCCAGAGCUUGCAGUCCAAAUCCAGGGAAAUUAGGAGGGCUUGCUGCGAGUUCCUGGAUCUCAUCGUCCAUUCGUGGAGCACACACUCUUUGGAGAAACAUGUCGGUCUCCUUCAAGAUGCCAUCAAACGAGGGAUCACAGAUCCAGACUCGGAAGCAAGGGCUCUGUCCAGAAAAGCAUAUUUUGGUUUCUCGGAGAUCUUUCCAGAGCAAGCAGAGGUCCUUUACAAUUCCCUCGGCAAUGUCUACAAGAAAGCUGUAUCUGGGGAUGCGUCUAAUUUUGGUUCAACCAACUCGCUCAAUCAGCCUUCCAUCACUCAGCCGACAAUUAAGCCAAUCAAAUAUCCAGAAACAUCACAAAUGCCGCAGUCUUACAGCAAUAGAAGAAAGUCUAACAGUGCCAUCGAUUUGCAGGCAGCACAAAGAGCGAAAGCUAGAGCUCAUUAUGCGGCUCUUGCUAGGCAAAAAGUUGGCAGCGGAGUUUCAUCAUUACAACGAACGGCCAAAGUAUCUACACCGGAACCUAUUGAAAGGACAAGUAGAACCAGAAGUAGAAUGUCAGUUUCUCAACCAUCCAGUAGGUCAAGUUCGCCAUCAUCGAAGCUCAACAGUCUCAUUUAUUCUCCUUCUAGUCGCGCCCGCCGAGGGAGCUCUGGGAUUCCAAGAUCCACAGAUACUAGCCGAGAGCCAAGUCCAAAUAGGUUCUCAUCGAAACACAUCAGGGGACGACCUCCAAUUCAGUCACCAGCAAGACCAGUUAUGGCUCAGAAAAUGCUCCAACAGAGCCGAGAGGUUGAAUCUGCGCUAGCUGAUGCUCUUGGAAGCACUCCAGACUCACACAGCUCACUUCUAAUUUCACCAAGAAGGUCGUACAGGUCAUUUGAUGAGCGCUCUGAUGACAGUGAAACUUCCAGUAUUUGUUCAGAACGUUCAUUUGACAUUAGUGGUCGGAAGUCCUCAGAUCCAUACUCAUGGAAUCAUCACCACAAUGCGCAUAGUCGAUUUUCCAACUGUGAUCCAGAAGAAUUAAAAAAUAGUAUUGGUGAAAUUGUGAUAAGUUGUGAGAGCGUUGACUGGGGCGACCGCAAGGAUGGUCUCGUUUCAUUGCAGCGCUUUUUCCAAGCUGGAAACAAACUGUCUCCAUCAGAUUUAAAGCACGUUUGUGAUGUUUUCACUAAAAUGUUUUCCGACUCCUAUACCAAAGUAUUUAGUUUAUUCUUGGACACACUGAACGAAUUGAUCAUCGCACAUGCUGCUGACCUGCAUAGCUGGCUUUACCUCCUCCUUACGAGACUCUUCAAUAAAUCUGGAACAGAUUUGUUGAAUUCAAUCCAGACAAAGAUUUUUAAAACUUUGAAAAUAGUCAGGGAGGUGUUUCCUUCAAAUGUACAACUUCAUUCAGUAUUCAGGUAUUUGGUGGACCCCACUCAAACUCCAAAUCCCAAAUCUAAACUCGCUGUCCUUAACUUCAUCACAAGCCUAGCUGCUAAGUCAAAUCCAAGUCAAGCAUUUGUGGCCCCCGAAAAUCAAAAAGACUACUCGCUCCCCGCUCUCAAGAAAAUGGUUGGCUGGAUUAUGGGUGAUAAUAUUAAAAACGGGCCAGAGCUCAAGAGGGCGGCCCAAGAAGCUGUUCUAGCACUGUUCAAUUUAAAUGCCCCUCAAGUAACACUGCGGUUCUCGCAGUUUCCUCAAGAGUACCAAGAAGCUGCAUCCAACCUCAUAAAAAUGCGGUUACGGCGAAGCAAUUCAGGGAGCAGCAAUGGACCGUACUCACCCGGCUACGAUUCAUUCUCAGCAGCCUCGUCUCAUGAUGAGAAUAUAAACCCAGAAGAAGUGUAUCAAACGCUUGUGCGAACAACAGCAGAGAUCCAGAAGUAUAGCGUGGAAAGUGGUUUCAGUGGGGAGGCUGAGUCUCACGACUCUGGAAUUAGUCAGCUGUCGCAGCAUGAUAAGACUGAUACGCAGCCAUACCAGGAGGGAACAUCUCCUGUAGAUACUGCAGACAGCAGUUUUGACUCAUCUGAGAAAGAUGAGCAGUCGCUCUGUAAAGCAUUGGAUGAUAUGUCGAUUACAGAGGAUAAUUCUUCAGCAGCAGUUGAUAGUAAAACAGAAAUCGCAAAAUUAAAUGACCUUGUUUGCCAUAGCUCUGGGCCUGUUCUAGAAAAAAAUUUCAAGGGAAUUUUAAGGCGAGUUAUUCAGCUCUUGGCUGACCCAGAUCCAAAAAUUAGAGAAGCGAGCAUACUUCUCCUUUAUUCCUUGAUCAAAAAUAGUGCCAUCACUCACUGUUUUACCAACUAUGUUGAACUGUUGAUUCUUAAGUUAUUUGAAACGAUUCAAGACUCUUCAAGAGUGGCUUCACGCGUGGCAGAGUUAUGUGCCUUAGCUGCCAGUUCCAUUUUACCCACGAAGCAAGUUCUGAGGACAGUUGUGCCACUAAUCACCGCGGAAGAUUUUCCAGUCAAUGCCCUUGCCAUAAAAAUGUUGACUCAAGUAACACAGCCUGAAAAUUCCCAGUUUUUACAAGACUACAUAACUGUCAUCAUGCCUGGUCUUCUUCAAUGUUACGAGAACCAAGACAGCUCUGUGCGCAAAUCAGCCGUAUUUUGCAUGGUUGCCCUUCAUAAGGUGUUGGGCGAGGAUGUGCUUGCCCCAUACUUGAACACCUUGAACGGAGCGAAACUGAAGUUGCUUCACCUGUACAUUAAACGCUCCUCUCAAAACCAGUCUCCUACUUCACCUAAAAAUAACUAGCACAAUGAGAAUCAAUUAUCUAUAUCCUCGCACUACAAAUAGAAAGAGUGCAGAAAUGUGAGGAAAAUUUAUUUCCUUCUUUUCAUCAAAAGAUCAGGAAAGAAAAUUUUGAAGGAAUGACAGUUAAAUGUGGUGCAAGUUACGGAAAGUAAAAAUUUUCCUAGGAUGUUUAGAGGCCUAGGAAGUGUGAAGUAUUUGAAUGAUAGGUCCUGAAGUUUUUAUUGAGCAAAAUUUCCUCAACGGUUGGGAACAAUAAUUUAAAAUUUGCAUGUAUGUAACUCAGCUGAUUGGAUUGCCUUAUGACAGAUAAAAAACAAGUGCUCAUCAGUAGGAUUUGAGGAAAUCAACUUGAAUGAAUUUAUUUCUUACGAUGAAAUUUUAUAUAUUAUCAGUUCAUUUUUACAUUUGUUAAUUUUACAUACGAACAAGUCCCAAUAAAAUUUGGGUCUAUCGUUCUCUCUCGACAUUCAAAAAAAGGCGAGCAUUCCCUUAGAAUUAUUGUUAGGUCUAACCGUUCUAUUUUAAUCAGUGUUUUAACUGACAGAGAAAAAUUGGCCAGAUGGCUAAACAAAAUUAAGAAACAGUCAGGAAAAAGGUCAAGGAUUUUUUUUUUUAAGAUUCUGCCCACACCCUAUUGCCAUUAAUUGAGAGGCUUUGAUGAUGGACCAUGUAGGCUUGUCAUGAUAAUAAUGCAAUAAUAACCAAUCCUAAUUUUGCCAUUUCUUUUGACCAUGGAUCCACCUCAACCUUCUAAAAUGUUGCAAUAAUGAAAUUGUUUGUUGCAUCUGGAAAAAGAAAAUCAAGGAAAACAAACACUAUAAUUUAAAGAACUGAUAACUCUUAACUUUGAUGUGCCGUUUGAAAAUGGUAAGCUGCAGAGAGAAGUAACUUAAAUAAUUCAAGCGAAAAGGUAUCGUUAAAUUUAGAUUUGGAACGUCCAAGAAACUGUUUCACCAAGCACUUUGGGUGGAAGUGCUGCACUUGAUCGCUUAUCUUAGUUUGACGCAUAUUACAAAUGCAAACUCAGUUUAUGUAUUCUAUUUUAAUCAAGUUUAAAUUUUUUUAGUUAACUCAAACCGUAAGGUUAUUUGCAAGUGCUUUGGAGCUGUUAAACUAGUUUGACUAAAAUUUAGCUGAAGUUCGCCCAUGGAGACAUUGCUUUAAAGUACAGUUUUGUGUUGAGCAUGGAAGCGUGACGCUUUGAAUCUUUCAAUAUCUCUCAUUUCAUCAGCUCACUGUUUGUCAUUUCGUUUUUCACAUAAUUUCCAUUUUGUUAAUAUAGUCUCUGUGGUGUAUGAACAAACCUGAGAUUGGACAGAAACUCCAUGUUCCUAAUAAUCAUCGGGAAGAGAAAAAAAUUGAAAUUCAGAUGCAACAAAAUUUUUUUUUAUUUACAUUCCUGACAGCAAUUAAUCUUAGAGUUAUUAUAUUCUGUAGAAGAAUUGAAACCAAUUUCAUUUGAGCCUCCUAUUGUUCUUUUCUUUCAGAUAGUUGUCAAGAACCUUAUUGUGUCUUAGAAAUUGCAUUCAUGUGCUUAAUUUAAUGGACAAUUCUGUAUUGUUCCAAAUACAUGCAAUUCAGGAAGCUUUUCUUAAGUCUCUCAGGAAUUUUAAUUAUUUACCCAAAUAUCAUUGUUUAACUCAUUUUGCUUUGUAAACAAGUAUCAAAACAUGAAGAGCCAUAAUUUAUUUUCCCCCUUUACUUUCUGAUGCUGACACAUUAAUAUUACUAGACUAAACUUAUGUAUAUUACGAUGAUUGAAAUUUUCAAUUUUGAUCUGAUAACUCAUAUUUAUUUCAUUUUUAUUACAUCACUGAAAUGAAUUUCAUCUGUAGGACUUUUAUAGUGAACUGUUGCAUUCUAAUUUAAUUUAUGUAGUUAAAUGUAUUUAUGUAAAAUUCAUGUAGUUAUAUUUUUUAUUAGAUAAUUUUUAUCUUCGAUCAGCUGUUCUUAAAGUUAAAAAAAGCUAAAAAAAAGAGAUGAAAAUGAAUAAAAAAAACAUAAUUUAAAACAA